AUCAACCGGCAUCCGGACACGAGAAACUUCCAUCAUGAUCCUCGGCCUCUUUCUCUGCUUUGUACUCGCUGCUUCUGUCCCAUACGCCCUAGCCGGUGAAGAAUCUGAAGAAGAAAAAGAUGUGGCUUUGGCGAUGAUGUUUAUGAUGGUCUGCUCGAGUGAAACAGAAGAAUAUGGAAUGAAAAUUAUGGAGUGCAUGGAAUCUGUCGAAUCAGAAAGGUACCAGGAGAUAGCCAGAUCUUGUUGCACAGGCCUUGAAGACUUUUCCGCAGAAGGAUUGAAGAAUUAUUACUGCAGUCAAGAAGGGGAAAACGCAGUAGAGUGCCAUAAAUGUAUUGAAAAUGAGGUGCAAAAUGCCGACGAUAAAGCAGAAAUUGAGGAAGCAAUGAUGGCACCAAUGGGAUGCAUCAUGGAGGUAAUUCAAGGCAUGGGAGGGGAGGAAGAAGAUGAUUAAAAACAUACCUAGAAAUGCGGAGUUUAAGUUAAAUCAAUGAUAUUUGAAUAUUUUCUUGAUUGUUGGUUGUGAAAAAUAAAUAUUUUGUUUUGUUUU